AUGCAGAGCAACACCUCUGCCCGAUUUCAUCAGGCGCUGCCGGGGCUGACGCAAGGGUGCGGGGGCGAUGUCCGUGUGUCCGUCCCCGUGGCGGGGUGGCCUCCUGAGUCACCCUUUCCGGACGGAGGGGUCCAGGUCCCCCGGGAGCUGGGGAGGGGUCCCAGCGCCUUCAUCCCCCUGGGAGAGAUCCUGCAGGAGGGUGCGGAGAGCAGCUGGCGGCAGCUCCUCAUCGAGGCCUUCGUCUCGGCGGGGAGGGGGGACAACAUCACCAUGGUCAUGGGGCUGCACCCCCAGUAUCUCAGCAGCUUCUGGAAGACCCAGUACCUCCUGCUGCGCAUGGACGGGCCCCUGCCCUACCACAAGCGCCACUACAUCGCCAUCAUGGCAGCAGCCCGGCACCAGUGCUCCUACCUGGUGGGCUUGCACAUGGGGGAGUUCCUGCAGGUGGGGGGCAACCCAGCCUGGCUGCAGGGGCUGCACUGUGCCCCCCAAAAACUCAGGAACCUCAACGAGAUCAACAAGCUGCUGGCGCAUCGGCCCUGGCUCAUCACCAAGGAGCACAUCGAGGCUCUGCUGAAGACAGGGGAGGACAGCUGGUCGCUGGCGGAGUUGGUGCAAGCCCUGGUGCUCCUCACCCACUACCACUCGCUCGCCUCCUUCGUCUUCGGCUGCGGCAUCAACCCCGAGGAGGAGCAGGAUGGGGGGCACGGCUGCCGGCCCCCCUCGCCCCACAGCGACAGCAGCCCAGCCUCUGAUGACAGCUCUGGGGGCAAGGACGCCAUGCAGGAGGUGGAGGCGCUGAUGGAGAGGAUGAAGCUGCUGCAGGAAAGCCAGCUGGAGGAGGAAGGUGUCACGCAGGAGGAGAUGGCAACACGCUUUGAGCUGGAGAAGACAGAGAGCUUGCUGGUCGCUCCCUCGGAUAUCACGGAUCACUCCCUGCAGUCCAACGUCCUCUGCUUCGUGGAGGACCCCGAGUUUGGCUACAAGGACUUCACCCGGAGGGGCGAGCAGGCACCCCCCACUUUCCGUGCGCAGGAUUACACCUGGGAGGACCACGGCUUCUCCCUGAUCAACCGCCUUUACCCCGACGUGGGGCAGCUCCUGGAUGAGAAGUUCCAGGUGGUCUACAACCUGACGUACAACACCAUCGCCAUGCACUGUGGCGUGGACACCUCCAUGCUGCGCAGGGCCAUCUGGAACUAUGUCCACUGCGUCUUUGGCAUCCGCUACGAUGACUACGACUACGGGGAGGUGAACCAGCUCCUGGAGCGCAGCUUGAAGAUCUACAUCAAGACGGUGGCUUGCUACCCGGAGAAGACGACCAAGAGGAUGUACACCCAGUUCUGGAGGCACUUCAAGCACUCAGAGAAGGUGCACAUCAACCUGCUCUUGCUGGAGGCUCGGAUGCAGGCUGCUCUGCUCUACGCCCUCAGAGCCGUCACCCGCUACAUGACCUGACCAGGCUCUGCUCCCUCCUCUUCCUCCUCCUCCUCCUCCUCCUCCUCCUCCUGCCUCAAGUUUGGGGGAAAAGCUGGGAGGGAGCUGGUGCUGGAAUGACUCUGCUGGAAUAUUGUCUCCUCCUGAAGGGGCUGGAGCCUGUGGAAGGAAAAGUGGGGGUUUCCCCACCCCUCGUUCCAGGAGAGGGGACCCCCAAGAAGCCACCAGUGCUGGGAAGACCCCAGAGUGGCUUGGGCAGAGUUGGGGGUGCUCAGCUGCUCCAUGCCUUUUUUGGGGUGAGCCUGAAUGAACCCAAAUUGGGGUGUCUGUGGGUGCUGCCUUCGCCCUGCGGUGCUGGUGUCACCUCGCUGUGCCAUGACUGCCACCGUGGAGGACUCUUCCUUGUGCCAGAGGUCACCAGAGGGUGUUGUGGGCUUCACCCCUUGCUUUUUGGGGUCUCGUUGUCCCCGAAGACAUGCAGCGACUGGUGGGGAUGCUGCCCUGGCCCCCCUCUUCCCACCUCUCUGGCUCAGCACCAGAAGAAGGCACCUCAGGAGUGGUGGGAAGGAUCUGGCCACCCCAUGGGGCAGCCCCUGGUGCUGCUCAUCUCCGAGUUGUCCCAAAAGACUUGUGGGGGUGUGGUGUGUGAGGCUGUGGCUCCUCUUUGCCCUGCCCUGGGUGUUUCUGCUCCCUUCAGUGACAUGGGGACAUCCCCUCUGCAGCCUGGGGGUGCCUGCCCCAUCCCCCUGCAAAUUUGGGAUGUGAAGUACCUCUUAACCUGGGUCUGGGAGCAGCAGAAGUGCCUGCGGUGUGUUUUACACCUUUAUUUUGCCUCAUUUUUCACCCCCUGGCACAUCUCUGCUGCCCCAGCCUAUGGGGGUGCCCGUGGCUGAGGGUGACGGGGGGAUGUGGGGUGGCCAAAGCUUCACCCCGAUGUCCCCAAGCACUUCCCAGCGGUGCGGGUCACCAGGGGGGUGUCUGUUUGGGAGAGACCCCACUCCCAGCUCUGCAGGAGCUCUGUUGGGGUCCAGCAGCAUCACGGGCUGUUCUUGGU